AGCCGGCUUUGUUUCCACACGCUACCCCAUCAUCAUCAUCAGUUAUCUCUUGAGUCCUAAAACAAAUCUUUUCUCUCUUCAAUCUUCACUUGAUUUUUCCUUCUGGGUUUUUGCUUUCUUAUUCAACUUAUGCAUUUGGGCACGAUUUGAUUCAAGAAAAUCCCCCCUUUCUUCUGAUUUUUUUUUUUUUUUUUAUCUUUGGGGAUAAACAGCAAAGAUUAAUGGGUUGUUUCCCUUGUUUUGAUUCGAGGGAAGACGAGAAAUUGAAUCCUCAGAAAGUCAGGGCUGAUCGCCAUGAAGUCCACCCCUCUGCGCCUUCAAAUAUUUCCAGAUUAUCAUCGGGAGUCGAUAGGCUCAAGUCUAGAAACAAUGUCAGCUUAAGGAGGGAUUCGUCAGGGCCAAAAGAUUCACCAGAUGGUCAGAUUGCUGCCCAAACAUUCACAUUCCGUGAACUUGCAGCUGCAACAAACAAUUUCAGGCCUGACUGCUUCUUAGGGGAGGGAGGUUUUGGCUGUGUAUAUAGAGGACGUCUUCAGGGUAGUGGUCAGGUUGUAGCUGUUAAACAACUGGAUAGAAAUGGGCUUCAGGGUAACCGGGAAUUUCUAGUGGAAGUUCUUAUGCUCAGCCUUUUACAUCAUCCCAACCUGGUGAAUUUGAUUGGUUACUGUGCUGAUGGUGACCAAAGACUUCUUGUUUAUGAAUUCAUGUCGUCGGGAUCAUUGGAAGAUCACCUUCAUGAUCUUCCACCUGAUAGAGAAGGAUUAGAUUGGAACACAAGAAUGAAGAUAGCUGCUGGUGCAGCCAAAGGUUUAGAGUUUCUUCAUGAUAAGGCUAACCCUCCUGUGAUUUACAGGGACUUCAAGUCAUCCAACAUUUUGCUGGAUGAGGGAUUUGAGCCAAAGCUGUCUGACUUUGGGCUCGCGAAACUGGGUCCAACUGGAGACAAGUCUCAUGUUUCUACGAGGGUCAUGGGUACAUACGGUUAUUGUGCUCCUGAGUACGCCAUGACCGGACAACUGACCGUCAAGUCUGAUGUCUACAGUUUUGGAGUGGUGUUUUUAGAGCUUAUUACUGGUCGCAAAGCCAUCGAUGGUAGUCAACCACAUGGACAGCAGAACCUUGUCACAUGGGCACGGCCGUUAUUCAAUGACAGAAGGAAAUUCACGUCAUUGGUUGACCCAAGGCUAGAAGGUAGGUAUCCGAUGAGGGGGCUGUACCAGGCUCUAGCUGUAGCAUCGAUGUGUAUUCAAGAGCAGGCUGCUGCUCGGCCUCUGAUUGGAGACGUGGUGACGGCCUUGUCUUACCUUGCAAACCAGGGGUAUGAUCCAACGACGACCACAGCAGCAGGUCCAGGUGGUUCGAAGAAUGAAAGACGAGAAAGAAAUGGAAGAAGAAGUGAAUGGGAUUUGGAAGAGAAAGAAGAGUCCCCUAAAGAAAGUGCAAGGAUGCUUAACAGGGAUGCUGAAAGAGAGAGGGCUGUUGCAGAGGCAAAGAUGUGGGUUGAAAACAGAAGACAAAGUGCUCAAGGUACCUUUGAUGCCAACAAUGCUUAGGUAUGGUAUGGUAUAUUCUUUUUGGCUUGGAGAAACGAUAUUCAAACUUUUUUUUUUUUUUUUUAAUUUAUUUAUUAAAACCAACAUUUGCAGUAUAUGUAUAUUUUGAUGACAAUUGUCAAGGAAAAAAACAAAAACAAAAGUUGGUGUUGGUG